AUGGGAUUACAACUUCAUAAUUAUGGUAUUGUUAUCAUGAUUCUGAUUUUGGUAUUUGCUCUUAUUCAUCUGGGUGUUAGUAUUGGUAUUAUCAUAAACAAUCGCCGUUACGGUGAUAUAUUUGAACCUGAGAUAGGAUUAUCUUGCUUCAAUAUUGUAGUUAGUUUUCUAGGUAUUCAAGUGGGUGCAUUUGGUCUGCUUUGUUUAUUAACAAAUCAGCAACUUUUCGGCAAAAUUAUAGCCAUUGUGGCCGGUGUACUUGGUAUCUUUGCUCUUGCUUCUUUAAUUACUGUCGUUGUUAUAAAUUCAAAGUCAGCAAACUAUGUGACCACGCAUUUCUCAGCUUACAUAACUACGUGGCUUGAUUGGGCUUAUGACGGCACGAGUCCUGUUAAAGUCACAUUAGCGGAAAAACCGAUACGCUCUGUUCGCACAGCAAUUACAUCAUUAAAAGAAGAUAUCACAACUUUACGUGACGAUUAUUCAUCACAAUUACCAUCAAGAACACAUUAUAUUGACCGUAGGGAAACAAAUCAUCUUGGUCGAUUGCUACCGCCUUUCACUUUAAUAUCUCGGCAAAAGAGACAAAUAGCACUCACAAAUAGUAUUACAUAUGAUGUAACAAUCAAUGAUCAAUUUUUGACUCCGCGAUCAUGUUGUUCUAAUCUUAUACAUAACUUAGAUGGUACAGUACAAACAGAUUGUGUAUCCUAUGACCAAUUUUAUAGUCAAGGAUGCUUAAAAUAUCUCAUGAAACGAUCUAAUCAACAGGAUAUGGGUAUUGGUAUUAUAAACUGUUUUAUGAUAGUGUUGGCGUUCGUAUCUAUACCUUUUCUUAUAUAUGACUAUCCGACCUCAAACGUGGCUGUAAACAAUAUUCCUAAGAUACCAAUACCAGAGAUUCAGGAACCUAGCUUAAAUUAUCAAAUGCCCAUAGAUGCAGCCAACACUUAUUUAUGAAUUUGCUAAUCAUUAAAUGAAAACGAAUUAAUCUACUGAAACUAUUUUUCAUUGACUUAAAAAUCUUAAUACAAACUGAGCAUUAACUGAUUACACUUUUAUUCGAACUAUAUAAACAAUACUUGCUUAAUAUUUCUUUAUAUCGUUUGUUAAUUUUUUUUUUCAUGUUUAUUUCAGCUAUUGUAUACUAGUUAGACUUCUAAGAAAGUAAGAAGACAACCAAUGUAUAUUAUCAUUUAAAUUAAUUGUAAAAGUAUGAAAGUAGAUGAACAUACAUAUCGUAAUGAAAACGAUUAUUAUAAUAUUGAGAGUAUCAAGAAUCAUUUUUUCGACGAAUCAAUUGAAAAUGGACUCUGUUUAUAUGUGAAUGUUUGGUAGUGAGUGUGAUAAAAUCACAUUUUUUUACAGUAAAAUUUUCCUAUUUAUCAUAAUAAUUUUUUGUUUGACAUUUUCAUAUUUAAUUAAAUCUUAUCAAAUGAUGUCUCAUAAGUUUUAUAUUGACCACAUUUCAUCAAUUUGUAUUUGAAAUGUAUAUUGGUUUUUUUUGCCUAUAAAACUAUCAGAAUGAUAAAUCGAAGUAAUUAACAUAGUAAAGAAUAAAUUAGAAAAAGUAAACAUUAUAAAAUAAGAUUGUCAAUAUGCAAGCCUUUAACAAUAUGAAUAGUGUCACAAGACUACAAUCAUAAUCAACAAAUAUGAUGAAUAUUAUUCCAUUAAAAUAAUAAGACUUAUGCAAAAUCCAUGCGAACAAAAGUCAUAGAGCUAUUAUGAAAAAGCUUUUUUAAAUUUUUCUCAAAAAAUGUUAAAUGACAAUAUUGAAAAAAGACCAGUAAAAUAACCAUAGCAUUGGACUACAUUUAUACUUUUCGAAGUGUCGGUUUUUUUGCAGAUGAUAGCUCUAAUUUUUCUCUACGAAAUGAUAUAUUUUGAUCAUUCAACGAUAUAUAGAUUUAACAUAGGUAUCAUCAAUUUACUGGAAUGGAUCGCAACUUUUGAAUCACCCUUUAAUUUAAUGAGUCAUUAAAAAAUUUAUAGUAUGCGUCAUAAUGUGUCUAAAGAUGAUUCCAGUAGUCAACUGAACGCUUACAUAUUUUUCUUCAAUAAAUAAAUAUUCAUACUGAAGAUAUGAUCUUUACGGCAGUAAACCAUUUCAUUCUCGUUCUUAUGAAUUCUGUCAUAAAACGAACCAGAUAACUGACAAACUAUUUAUGAUAUAAAUAAGAUUCAAAUAUUUGUAAAAUGAAAUUGGUAUAGACUGUAUCAAUGUUCGAUAUAGGUCAAAUUUUCGUAACGCUGGGCAACGAUCUCUUCGUGAACUAACCUAAUUUAUCUCAAGAUCUUAAAACACAUCAAUUGUCAAUUUAUUUAAGUUAACUACUCGUUGUUUUCUCUUACUUCUCCUGUUUUUUAAUGUGGUCGUAGGCAUCAACAUUGUCAUUUUUUAUUGCGAUGAUUUCAAGAACAGAAACUUAGAAAAUACCUGUUCAAGCGUAAGAUAAAAGUGUUGAGAUCGAACCGAAACCAUUUUCUGCUCUAAUUUUCCUAAGAUAUUCCGUAUACUUAAAAAUAGUACCCUAUCAAAAAGACAAAGUUUUAUGGAUUUUGGUUUUCUUUGAAGCUUAGAGUUAGAUAAAAUUAAAAGGAAGACAGCAACAAAAGUUAGUCUUCACUUGAUAUGCUUAUAACUAACAUAGUUGUGAAUGAGAGUAAGAAUCAAUCUAUAGAAUUCAUGAGAAACAGACUGAAAACUGUUAAUAGAGUUCUCUUGGUAAUGAAUUUCAGAAUGGCUACUUAUCACCCUUCAGUUUGACUUCGAUCGAGUUUACGAUUUCCAAAAAUAGGAAACUCUGAUGCCAGUAAAACGUAAAUAUGUUUUGAGGAAAAGUGUUUCGCGAUCAAUCAUUAAAAACGAUUAUUUGUUUUCUUUUUCAGAUUUCGACGUGUUUAAUAAUCAACAUUCAUUGCUUUGGCAUGGCAUUUUGUAGUAGAGUGAAAAUCGUAUACCAUCUAGGAUUCUUUAUUGAAGUUGGAAAAAGAGUAGAAUUCAUUAAAAUUAGUAAAAUAUUAGAUCGGUAGUUAGAGAUGAUUUAACUAGCUACGCUGAAUUGGAGUAUAAUACUCAUAGAUAUUGCAUGAUUAGAAUAAGAAGAUGAUCUAAUGGAGUUUUCUUUUAUUUAUCUACUGCCUCAUUUACAUACCGUCUGGAAUCUCUAUAUUACCAUUUAACAGAGUGCAUUAGCUUUGAAGUGUUAUCUCAUAUCUAAAAAAAAGGAAUAGGAAAUGCAUAACAUUUCGUUCUACUAAGCUUUUUCAAGCUCUACAAGACGUAUUUAAAAUAGAAACAUAUGUGAAAUAUCUUAUGUAUCUGCAGAUUGUUGAUCUGAUCUGAUCGAAUUCAAAUCCGUUUCUGGUAUGUAUUUCUAUGGAAAGAGAAUAAAAGAAAUAUUUAAAAUAUCAUAAGAACAUAUGGUAGAAAGUUCGAUAGUUUAAGAAUGAAAAAUAAGUGAUAUCUGCUGUAAGAUCUAUUAAACAUAGAUUGAACUCUAUAGAAAACAAAUCAUCAAAGUUGAACUAUUGAAAAUCUUUUAAUCAUUUAAACAAAGCUAACAAUUAGAUCUUAUCUAUAACUUAUUCAUUACAUUCGAAAAAUAAAAAAAAAACAUGUUUAAUCCUCAUUAUAAAAUAGAUUUGAAUAAUCUAAGGGAUACACCAUCAAGUCUGAAAAGUUACUCUACUGAAAUAAAAUAUUAUAUUAAUUAUAUCAACUUGUUCACUAUAACAUAGUCUAUUAUUACUAUGUUUAACAAUAAUGCAUCUUUAUGAUUAUGAUAUAUAUUUGAAAUUUGAUACAAAUGAAUGUUUCGAUAAAUUAACGUACUUGUAUUAAACUAUAUCAUCGAUGGUGGAGCCACAAAGGAUGUGGAUGUAUGUGAAAAGAAUACUCCCACUCACGUCGCACAAAUAAAAUUCUGAAUGAAACUAGUCCAUUGCGAAAAUAUCAGACUCUUUACUGCUUCUUAACCUCAGAUAUAAAUAACCGGUGAUCGCGACAUUUUUAUACUAGAUGUUGGUUUACUUUUGACCUGUUAGAAAGUAUUUCUGACAAGUCAAGAACUAUGAGUUAGGACCAGAAGUUUAUGCUCUUUUGAAAUAUAGGCUUAUAAAUUUUGUCUCAAUUUUUGUCGCGACCAAACUUUGAAUAGGGACUGAGAAUUGUUAUGUCUAUUUUUGGUCAAGAGUAGUGAGGGACUUUUUGAAAGACCUGAAAAGUUAUUCUUGAUGAUGACCCAACAGGUUUUUGUUUAUCAUGUACGUCUCUUUUCGAAUAUACUAAAAAUUGUCAGAGUCGGUGGUUUUAUAAAGUUGAUGGUUUCUACAAAAUGUGAUAUUUAACUAACGAAGAAAGACCAGAAACCGAUCAAUCGCUUUUGAGUCAGGAUAGUGUGCAUCAUGUAGGUUCUUAUGAGCUAUGAAUAUUCUAAAAAGACUUCGGACUAAUAGCUUAUUGCUGUUGAGAUACUACAUUUUUACCGUAUUGUUUUUCGCAUCAUGCCAUAGUCCCCUCAGGAACAUCAGAAAAGCUGACAUCAGCAAUAUCAGGAAAACUAUAUUUCGAAUUUCGACUUAAAACUUUGCGCAGAGAAAAGCCUUGACGAGAACAGUUUAUUUGAAAAUUUGAGAUCUUUUGAUUACAGAGAUGGAUACGGUUCUGUUGAUGAACCGAAUUGAUCUCGAUUUUAGUUCACUUUAAUUCUUAGCUAAAUUGGUAAGUUAAUAUCAAUAUUUCGACAUAGAAAGCGUGAAUCAUGAAUAAAAAAAGUGUGAUUAGUAACAAUGAAAGUAUCCGUAUAUUUGUCCUUGUGUUUCUGCAUCUAAGAAAAAUAAAAUGUAAACAAAACAAGUGUAUUCUAAUUAAGUAGAAUAUAAAUAAUAACUGAAAAAACAUAGACAUAUAUUUAUAUAAUAUGUAUAGUUGAUUCUAGUAUCUAUUGUACUAUUGGACCUUCAAAAAUGGUCCUGUUUGGUCAAAUUGAUCGAGAUUUAUACUGAAAUAUCUAUUGCUCAUGCUCUAUCUCUACAACUAAAAUCAGCUGUCCAACCAUUAUCGUUUACGAGCGGUGUUCAAAACAAAUUCACUUUUCUUUCUCUUUUUCUUAUGUUUUUAUGAUGGUUCCUCACAUGUUUCCGUUUCUUUCUUUAUUUUUUUCCCAGCUAGAAAUGAAAAAAGUAAACAAUCUUUUAUUAGAUUUCUUAUACCAUUUGAAAUGGUCGAUCUAUUUAUAAUCUCAUUUUUAUUUCAGUCAUCUUUGUUUCAUAUAAAAUUGAACUUUUAUCAGUAGUUCCAGAAAACGUCAAAUAAAAGUGUCUCACCCUCCUUUUGAAUACACCGCGGAGUCAAUAAUCAUUUUAAGUCAAAUUUUUUUAACAUAAUAAGAUUUACCAAUUUGGACACUAUUGAUUGCUGAAAACUGGAGGUUACUAGCUUUUCCUGUUUUUGAAUAAUUUAUAUUUUAAUGGCGUCCAUCGACAUGCGACCGAUGAUUUGUUCCAUCCCUAUUGCAUAUCUUCUGACCAAACUACAAAGAGUUAAGAGCUGAUUAUUUUACCACAAAUGUCAAUUGUUGGACACAACUUAUGUUGUAAAUAUCAUGGCUCUAGCUGGUUUCUAACAAUAGAAAUUAAAAAAUAUAGUGAAGGUCAAUCUUGUAAUUCUCACCAGCUCUUUACUCGAUUGAAAAAUUUGAAAAAUAUUUCUUUCGUAUUGAUUAUUUUUAUGUUUAUUCUCAAUGUACCACUUGAAAGGAAAUGUUUUGGAAUAUAUGAGACCAUAUUAGUUGCAGUAUGUCAUCUAUUUUCUACUUAAAUACGGUAAAAGGUCCCUUGUUGAGUUCCUACAAACUUUUUGGUCUCUAAAUCAGACAAAGUAAGAUCUGGUAGAUUGCAAAGUUAUUUUUCUUAUACUUCGAAGUGUCAUCUAUCCAUUGAGAACACUUUCAAGUGCAGACUUUUACUUUUUUUUUCGAUCAUUUUUUUCAUAAAAAAAAGGUACAAUAGACACCAGAAUCACCUAUAUAAUAAACCCAUACCACAUCCUGUACUA